AUGGCGCAGGCGCUAGGGGCCCCCUGCCCGGGGGGUGCCCCGGGCCAGCCCCGCGUGUUCAAGCUGGUCCUCUUGGGAAGUAACUCUGUGGGCAAGUCCAGCCUGGCUCUCCGGUACGUGAAGAAUGACUUCAAGAGCAUCCUGCCCACCGUGGGAUGUGCGUUCUUCACAAAGGAGCUGGGGUCGGGGGCUGCGUCCAUGAGGCUGGAGAUCUGGGACACGGCCGGCCAGGAGAAGUACCACAGCAUCUGCCACCUGUACUUCCGCGGCGCCGACGCCGCGCUCUUGGUCUACGACAUCACCAAGAAGGAUUCCUUCCGCAAAGCCCAGCAGUGGCUACAGGACCUGGAGAGGGAAGCCCCCCCGGGGGACGUCGUGGUGAUGCUGGUCGGCAACAAGACGGACAUCGAGGAGCAGCGGGAGGUGACGUUCCAGGAAGGGAAGGAGUUUGCGGAGAGCAAGCAGCUGCUAUUCAUGGAGGCCUCAGCCAAACUGAGCUACCAGGUGACUGAGGUCUUCGGCGCCAUAGCCCGAGAGCUGCUGCAGAGAGAAGAGAGGAAGAAGGGCCAGCCUCGGACGGGCGACGGGGGGCUGGCUCUGGGUGGGGCGCCUGCCAGGCAGGCCAGGUGCUGUGCCCGCUGA